AUGGAAGGGAGAAGCGAUGUGGACCGAAUUUCCAAAUUGCCAGAGCCAAUUUUGCAGCAUAUCUUGUCUUUCCUUGUUGCUAAAGAUGGCGCUCGAAUGAGUACAAUGUCCAAGGUAUGGGAUAGUGCUUGGAAUUCACUCUCCUACUUAAAUUUUGGUGAUAAAUUCCUUAACUCAGAAGACAUGCCAAGGCUCGUGAAUGUUGUGAAUCAAUCUCUAGCAAACAGCUUGCCCGACGCAAUCUUUGCUGCUAAAGCACUAAAUGUGCUGCGUUUGGAUGGAUUUAAUAUUGAAUUGCCUUGUGAUUGUAUAAAGUUUUCAUCUUUGCGAGAGUUGCGCCUCUCUGACGUAUUUUUGAACGAGGAAUUUAUUCAGUCUCUGUGCACAAACUGCUGCAAUUUAGAGGAUUUGUAUUUGCAGAACUUUGAUGGACUUACCAGUUUUCGAGUUGGUAAUACUUCUUUACCUAAAAUGAAAAAGGUAAACUUGGAAUUUUGCCCUUUUGUAUUCCAAUUGGUUGAUAUUGCAGCAAUUAAUCUUGAAGAUCUACAGCCUUUAUGGGAAUCUAAAGGUAGUUAA